GCUGCGGGUGUUGUGGGAACAUCUCAGCUGCCGAAACUGGCAUCAGCACUCUACACACUUCUUCUCAUUCAACACAGACAAGUUCCACUCCUGCAUUACUGAAGACCGUUUUUAGUCUUCUGGCACCUUCGGAUCACCCUUCCACUUUCCAGCGCAGUGUCUCACCGAGUAUCACUACAGAGAGGAGAUUAAUUGUGCUGAGAAGGAUCAGGAAGCUUGGAGUUUGCUCUGUCCGGUAGCUCACAGCAGCGGCCAUGACCAAAAGCACCGGGGAGAACCCGCGCUCUCGCAGCCGGGUGCAGAGGAUCCGUGAGGACAUCCAACUGCGCUCCCUGAAGGCCAGGAAGAAAGUAGAGGACAUCACCAAAGACGACGUUAAGACCUUCUUGAGGAGGAAUGCCUUUGUGCUCUUCACCAUUGGGGCAGUUGCUCUUGGCAUCAUACUUGGAUUUGCCCUGCGGCCAUAUAAGAUGUCCUACAGAGAGGUGAAAUAUUUCUCCUUUCCCGGAGAGCUCUUAAUGCGCAUGCUCCAGAUGUUGGUCCUCCCCUUGCUGGUGUCCAGUCUGGUCACAGGCAUGGCAGCACUUGACAGUCGAGCUUCAGGGAAGAUGGGGAUGCGAGCUGUGGUGUACUACAUGACUACCACAUUCAUCGCUGUGUUCAUUGGAAUCAUCAUGGUCCUCAUCAUCCACCCUGGAAAAGGCUCCAGGGAAGAGUUUACAAAGCAGCACAAAAUUGAGCAAGUCAGCCCAGCUGAUGCUUUCUUGGACUUGAUCAGAAACAUGUUUCCACCCAACCUGGUUCAAGCUUGCACACAGCAGUUCAAAACCAAAUACGGCAAAAGAGUUGUACAUGUGAAGGUGAUAGUGAAUGACAGCAUUUUCAAUCUGACCAACGUGACCCAAGAGAUAGCUCAGGAAGAGAUCAUCCCAAUUCCUGGCACUACAAAUGGAGUCAAUGCCCUCGGGCUGGUCGUAUUCUCUAUGUGCCUCGGCCUGAUCAUUGGAAAUAUGAAGGAGGAAGGCCAAGCACUAAGGGACUUUUUCGACUCCCUCAAUGAGGCCAUUAUGCGUUUGGUUGCCAUCGUCAUGUGGUAUGCACCAAUCGGUAUCCUCUUUUUGAUCGCUGGCAAAAUUGUGGAAAUGGAUGACAUCACUGAAAUGGGAGGGCAACUAGGCAUGUACACUGUGACGGUCAUCAUAGGCCUCCUAAUCCAUGGCAUGAUUAUUCUACCCACUCUCUUCUUUGUCAUCACCCGAAAAAACCCCUUCAUCUUUAUCACUGGCUUAUUGCAGGCCCUAAUCACCGCCUUGGGAACAUCGUCCAGUUCAGCCACUCUGCCCGUUACAUUCAAGUGCUUAGAGGAGAACAAUAAAGUUGACAAGAGGGUGACCCGCUUUGUGCUGCCAGUUGGCGCUACCAUCAACAUGGAUGGAACGGCACUGUACGAGGCACUGGCAGCCAUCUUUAUCGCACAGGUCAACAACAUGGAGAUGAACUUUGGACAGAUCAUAACUAUAAGCAUCACAGCCACAGCUGCCAGUAUCGGUGCUGCUGGAAUCCCCCAGGCUGGACUGGUCACCAUGGUCAUUGUGCUGACCUCUGUGGGCCUCCCCACUGACGACAUCAGCCUCAUCAUCGCCGUUGAUUGGUUCCUGGACCGACUGCGCACGACGACCAAUGUGCUGGGUGACUCUAUAGGAGCAGGCAUCGUGGAGUUCCUGUCCCAAGAUGAGCUGCAGAACAGCGAUUUGGAGAUGGGCAACUCUGUAUUGGAAGAAGAUGAGGUGAAGAAGCCUUACCAGAAGAUUCCUCAAGAGAACGAAUACGAGAACAAGAAACCUCCAGAAAGCGAAACAAAGAUAUAGUGACUCCCAGAGUCCUAUUGUGGUGUUUGUGCCCAAAAAGGGAUUUAUUUGUGUGUGUGUGUGUGUGUGUGUGUGUGUGUGUGUGUGUGUGUGUGUGUGUGUGUGUGUGUGUGUGUGUGUGUGUGUGUGUGUGUGUGUGUUAUUCCUUUUUUCAUUGCCUACUUUUGGAACCAUCAUUCCUUCAUGUCUACGAUUCUUCAUUUGACAUUAAUCAUCAAUUGUGCAUCAGUCUAAGAUUUAUUUUAAGAAUUAUUGGUUAUAUCAUGAGUGGAAAGGAAAUUGGAAUACUGAUGGAAUUUGAAGGUUUAGACAGGAAAGAAAGAUGGUGGACUAUAGAAAGUAAAAUAGCAAUUUGACUUGUGAUUAAAGAAAAAAAAAGUGAUGUUUAACCUGAAGAGUGUAAAGUAAAAAAGCUGAAUGGAAACUUAAGGGUCGUGUCACAUAAUUGAAUAGCAGCCAGUGAUAUAUGCACAAAAUUUAGUAUAUUGAUGAUUUUUGAUCGAAUGGAAGAAAUUAUGUGAUUGGUCAUUGCAUUUGGGUGUGACUAAAAUUAUAGGCGGUCCAGUUGAUAAUUGUGGCUCCUAACAUCCAGCGGCAAAAUGAUUUAAAAAAUGUGUUUAUUAAACUCAAUAGAAACACCUACUCACCCCAGUAUGUUGCCCCUGUGUUUAAAACUAUCAGAUUUGUCUGUUUCUAGUGAGGAGACAACUAGUGUUAUAAGGCUUUGAUUUAUUCACUCAGUCAAAAAAAUGUUUCUUUUACCUUUUGAUUCAUUUUUUUCUUUGUACUUACCUUGUCUUUAUUGUAAUGCUGGAGGUAUCAGAAUGUUCACAGUAUUUUGAUACACAUUACCGGUUACAGUGUUAAUUUCCCUCAUUCAUCUCUAGGAACAUCCUGAUAGCACACUUGAAACACUCAAAUGCUACCCCUUUGCUGCCAUUUGCUAACAUACAUAGAUUAUAUUAUAUAAAUAUAUAAGUAUAUUAUAUAGUCGUAGUUUUGGAGAGUUAAAUGUAGAUAUUGUGAAUGAGCUUGUGCAAGAGACUGCACUGAGCUGGAACAGAGUGUCAUUUCAAGAAGCAGAUGAAUUCAGGAUCCGACACAACAGACACAAUCACGCUGAGCACCAAUACUAACUCACUCAAAAAGAAACUGUGAUUUUGCUUCUUUUGUGAUGUGUCUAUGGGGAUUUUGUUCAUCUUGCUGGUUAUUUGCCCCCUUAGAUCCACACACACAUAUAAAAAAAUACUGUGUGGUUUCAAACCACAUGGAAUAAAUUAAACUGUAGGUUUGUCUAUGGUAAAUAUAGUUUUGAAUAAAAUU